AUGCCAGGCAUCGUCCAAGAGACUCAAGAGCCUUCACCUGAGGGGCUCACGGUGAAAGAGCUUCAUCCUACGUUCGGGGCCGAGAUCGAAGGGGUGGAUUUCGAAAACCUGUCCGAUGCGCAAUUUGCUGAAAUAAAGGCUGCUUUGGCCAAGUACGGCUUCGUGGUCUUCCGCGGCACCGGCCUCACAGACGACUCCCACGUCACCUUCAGCAGGCGGCUCGGCGAGCUCGACAACAUCAAGCGGUACCUCACGCCGGGCCGCAAGCUCCGCUACGAGCACCUCGAGCUCUUCGACGCGGGCAACCUCGACGCCGAGGGCGAGAUCGUGCCCGCGGACCACCCACGCGCCCACUACAACAAGGGCAACGCCCUCUUCCACGUCGACAGCAGCUUCAACCCGCGGCGCUCCUCGUACUCGCUGCUGCGGGCCGUGAUCAUCCCGCCCGCCGGCGAGGGCGGCAACACCGAGUUCGCGGACGCCCGGACGGCGUGGGACGAGCUGGACCAGGAGACCCGCGCGAGGCUGCUCGGCGCCGGCGGGGACACGGGGCUCAUCGGGGCGCAUUCUAUCUCGCACUCGCGCAAGCUCGCGGACCCGGAGUACUUUAAGGAUCUGGAUCCCGAGGCGGGGCCGAUGGCCCGGCACAGGAUGGCGCAGGUGCAUGAGCCGUCGGAGAGGAUGAGCCUGUACGUCGGGGCGCACCUGUGCUAUGUCGAGGGGAUGGACAGGUCCGAGUCGAGCGCGUUGAUCAAGAGGCUCUAUGACCACGUCACUCAGCCCAAGUACGUCAUAUCUGUGGGCUGGGAGGCGCCUGGGGAUAUGAUCAUCUGGGACAACCGGGCGGUCUUGCACCGGGCGGCGGGGGGUCCCUUUGAGACGCGGUUCAAGAGGGAUAUGCGGCGGACGACGGUCCAUGAUGACGGGGCGUAUGCUUACGGGUUGAACGAUGUGAGUCAGGAGGCGAUGGGUUUUGAUUCUUGGAAUCCGCAGCCGGGGAUAGUCAAGGCAGUCAACGGAUGACGGCUCUUCACUUUGCUUGUAUUUCGAGUUUAUCUAUCAUGUACUUAAGUAAUAGGUUGUGA